AGCGUACUCGGGCAUUUUUGCCGGGCACAAAGAACACCUGUAUUUACAAACAAAACUGGGUUUUAGGGUGAGAGCGAGUCACUGAUACAAAAGCAACAGGAGCGGACACAAAACACACAUCAAACUUACUUGCGGUAAAACAAUUUCUCAAUCAAUCAGCUCCUUUUCACGACUAAUGCUAUUUCUCAAUCCUGCCAGCGGAAUCAAUGAGAAGAAUAACCAGCGUUACUCUACGCUCCUAUAGCAGCAGCUUAUCCCACCUCCUCACCUCCAAUUUCAUAAAACCUCUUUCUACAGCUGCUCCUACAGGUGAUCCCAGUGGUGAUAAGGGAAAUCCUAAUUCCUUUGAGUCCAUUGAUGAGUUUGAGUCGCGAAUAUUUAAUAGCUCAGAUAACAGUUCCUUUUACCGAAAGCUCGAUAGAAUUGAGAAAGCUCGUAAAUUUCCUGGUUCUAGACUGACUGAAGGAAACAGUCGGCAGACUUUGGAUGGCCUAGAUGAGAGUUUUAACUCAGUAUCUGAUGGCAUGGGUGGAAAGUUGAAGGAAGCGGCCACAUAUUUUGAGUUUGAUCCUAACGAAAUAGGCAGCUAUAACUAUGUUUUCAGAUCAGAUAUGAAUUUUCAUCAUGGAUCAACUUAUGACGUUAAGGAUCUCGAUCUUAAAAGGCCAGGAAAUCGUAAACCUCCUAGAAGACAGGAAUUUGAAGUAACAACGGAGGAAGUUCUCAGAAAAGCUGAUUUCCGGAAUGUUAGAUUCCUUGCAAAAUUCAUAACAGAGGCUGGAAUUAUUAUUAAGAGGAGCCAGACUGGCAUAAGUGCAAAGGCGCAGAGGAAGCUUGCUAGGGAGAUCAAAACAGCUCGUGCUUUUGGUCUAAUGCCUUUCACAACAAUGGGAACAAAGUCAUUUGUUGUUGGAAAAAGUAUGGAAAAUCUUGACGAGGACUUCGAAUAUGAGACCUACAAUACAGUUGAUGAUGCGAAUGGGAAAGAUGAUUUUGUUGGAGCUUAAGUAGAUUUUGCUGUGAUGUGGGAGUAAACUCAUGCUCCUCCACCCUUCUUUUCAGAACAUUUAGGGAAGGAUUGCUCUAUCCAAAAGCCAAGAUUGUAUACCAUUAGAUGGUGAAUUGGCAAGAAAAUUUUGAGUCUUUGAUUUUUGCAUCAUCCAAUUGUGAAAGUGUUAGUUGCGGCCUAAUAAUAACUAUAACACUGAAGAUGCCUUUCUCAGUCAUGAUAAAUUAUGUUUGCUAUUAUAAUUUAUCUCCGUAAAUUGAAGUUCAGAGCAUAUAACACAAAGGACAGGUUUAGAGUUCAAGAACUCUGUUUGGAUCCAUGGAAUUUAAUCCAUGAAAACAUUUCAUGGAUUUAUCCGUUUCCUUUCUUUGUGUAUACGAAUUCAUGAAUUUAGCUUUCUUGGGAAUGUAUUGUCAGAUACUGAAAAAUUACAUUUUCUAGUCA